GCUCUUCCUUUAUAUAUAAAAAAAAAAACUCUGGUCUCUUGCCUCUUCACUUUUUGGCUGCGACACGAUUACAGAUUAACUCACCUCACCCAGAUUUCGGUAGAAGCUUCCACCAGAACGCGAACCCCUCUCGCGAUCCAGGUAGCUCUCGAUCACGUGGGAGAAUUGAAGAACACAAAGCCUGACAAUGAGUGUAGUUGGUUUUGAUUUUGGAAACGAGAACUGCCUUGUUGCUGUUGCAAGGCAAAGAGGUAUCGACGUCGUGCUUAAUGAUGAGUCCAAUCGUGAGACUCCCGCUAUUGUCUGCUUUGGUGACAAGCAGCGCUUCAUCGGUACUGCUGGAGCUGCUUCAACCAUGAUGAACCCCAAAAAUUCCAUCUCUCAAAUCAAGCGCUUAAUUGGUCGCCAGUUUUCCGACCCUGAGCUGCAAAGGGAUAUCAAAUCCCUUCCCUUUUCCGUCACCCAAGGGCCUGAUGGCUAUCCUUUGAUCCAUGCUAGUUAUUUGGGAGAGACUAGAGCCUUUACUCCCACUCAAGUCAUGGGUAUGAUGUUGUCUAACUUGAAAGGUAUUGCCGAGAAGAAUUUGAAUGCUGCAGUGGUCGACUGCUGUAUUGGUAUUCCUGUUUACUUUACAGACCUCCAGCGAAGGGCUGUUCUCGACGCAGCCACAAUUGCAGGCUUGCAUCCCUUGCACUUGAUCCACGAGACUACAGCAACGGCUUUGGCUUAUGGAAUUUAUAAGACAGAUCUGCCAGAGAAUGACCAGCUCAAUGUUGCAUUCAUUGACAUUGGACACGCAAGCAUGCAAGUCUGUAUUGCAGGCUUCAAAAAAGGGCAGCUCAAAAUCUUGUCUCACGGUUUCGAUCCCUCCCUUGGAGGAAGGGACUUUGAUGAAGUUCUUUUCAAUCAUUUUGCUGCUAAGUUCAAAGACGAGUACAAGAUUGACGUCUCCCAGAAUGCUAAGGCUUCUCUCAGGCUCCGUGCUGCGUGCGAGAAACUCAAAAAGGUUCUAAGCGCAAAUCCUGUCGCACCAUUGAAUAUCGAGUGUUUGAUGGAUGAGAAAGAUGUUAGGGGUGUCAUCAAGAGGGAAGAGUUUGAAGAGAUCAGCAUCCCUAUUCUGGAGCGUGUUAAGAGGCCUCUAGAGCAAGCUCUCUCUGAUGCGGGCCUCACAGUUGAAGAUGUACAUAUGGUCGAGGUUGUCGGCUCUGGCUCUCGUGUCCCUGCUAUGAUCAAGAUUCUAACUGAGUUUUUUGGUAAGGAGCCCAGGCGUACAAUGAAUGCAAGUGAGUGUGUGUCGAGGGGAUGUGCCUUGCAGUGUGCCAUUCUCAGUCCGACCUUUAAAGUUCGCGAAUUCCAGGUUCAUGAGAGCUUCCCUUUCUCAAUUUCGCUGGCGUGGACAGGAGCAGCUUCCGAUGCUCAAAAUGGAGGAGCUGAGAAUCAGCAGAGCACUGUUGUUUUUCCCAAAGGAAAUCCCAUUCCUAGUGUCAAGGCUCUAACAUUUUAUCGUUCUGGAACAUUCUCUAUUGAUGUGCAGUACAGUGAUGUGAACGAUUUGCAAGCACCUCCAAAAAUCAGCACAUACACGAUUGGUCCCUUCCAGUCAUCAAAAGGCGAGAGGGCAAAGCUUAAAGUGAAAGUGAGAUUGAACCUGCAUGGAAUUGUCUCAGUUGAAUCGGCAACUCUUUUGGAAGAGGAAGAAGUUGAAGUUCCGGUCACAAAAGAUCAAUCAGAGGAAACAACUAAGAUGGACACUGACAAAGCUUCUGCCGAGGCAGCUCCUGCUUUUGGUGACUCUGAUGUUAACAUGCAGGACGCCAAGGAUACCAGUGAUGCAGCUGGUUCUGACAAUGGUGUUCCAGAGUCUGCUGAGAAGCCGGUGCAAAUGGAAACUGAUUUAAAGGCUGAGGCUCCGAAGAAGAAGGUGAAGAAAACAAAUGUACCACUGUCAGAAUUGGUCUAUGGUGCCUUGAAAUCUGUGGAGGUCGAUAAGGCUGUGGAGAAGGAAUUUGAGAUGGCUUUGCAAGACAGAGUUAUGGAAGAGACCAAGGACCGAAAGAAUGCUGUUGAGUCUUAUGUUUAUGAUAUGCGAAACAAAUUGAGUGACAAUGGGGAAGAUGAGACCAAAGGUGUUUAUGUUGCAAAGCUCGAGGAGCUCAAGAAGGUGGGAGACCCUGUGGAAGUGCGUUACAAGGAGUCGUUGGAAAGAGGGUCGGUCAUUGAUCAGCUUGGUUACUGUAUUAAGAGCUACAGAGAGGCAGCUAUGUCUAAUGAUCCCAAGUUUGACCACAUUGAUUUGGCAGAUAAGCAAAAGGUUUUGAACGAGUGUGUGGAAGCAGAAGCAUGGCUACGGGAGAAGCAGCAGCAGCAGGACACACUUCCCAAGUAUGCCACACCGGCUCUCUUGUCAGCUGACGUAAAAAGCAAGGCGGAGGCAUUGGACAAGUUUUGCAGGCCUAUAAUGACCAAACCAAAGCCGGCUAAAGCAGAGGCACCACAAGCCAAGGGCGGUGAGCCGGCGGAUGAGGGCAAGAGUGAGGCAGAGCAACCAGCUUCUGCCGAAGCAAUGGAGACUGAGAAUCCCGCUGAAGGGAGUACCUAAAUGAAUGACGAGAGCGAGAUGGUGUUGUAUCGAUUUUGUUCUUACUCUUUUUAAUUUACCUAGUGGAACCCCUUAUUCUAGUUUCGCUAUUAUCCCCCGAAAGAUUCUAUCUUUAGUUCUUCCUUUCGACAACAGUUUUUAGGAGGUAUAUUAUUGUUCCUUGUGGUUUCAUUUUAUUCUCUAUAAACAUUGUGUUGAGUGUAAUGUGGAUUAGCUCUACAUUGGACUUGUUUUUAACAGCAAA